GUCGGCGAAGUUUCCUAUUAGGCUAUUACUUGUCACCUCUUCUUCAACAACAACAACAAAAUCCCUUCAUAUAUUCACUUAAUUCUACCAAAGUUGUCUGCGUUUUCACUUUUCUGAAUAUGGGUCUUUGGGAUUCUUUGCUCAAUUGGCUUAGAAGCCUAUUUUUUAAACAGGAAAUGGAACUUUCCCUGAUAGGCCUUCAAAAUGCUGGGAAGACAUCUCUCGUCAAUGCUAUUGCUACUGGAGGCUACAGCGAGGACAUGAUACCGACGGUUGGAUUUAAUAUGCGCAAAGUAACAAAAGGAAAUGUGACCAUAAAACUAUGGGAUCUUGGAGGCCAAAGGAGAUUUCGCACGAUGUGGGAGCGCUAUUGUCGGGGUGUCUCUGCGAUAUUGUAUGUCGUUGACGCUGCUGAUAGAGACAGUGUACCUAUAACAAGAACUGAGUUACAUGAACUUUUGAAGAAACCUUCAUUAAGUGGAAUUCCUUUGCUCAUCUUGGGAAACAAAAUUGACAAAUCAGAAGCUCUUUCGCAGCAGUCAUUGGUCGAUCAACUAGGUCUCGACUCAAUAACGGACAGAGAAGUCUGCUGCUACAUGAUCUCGUGCAAGGAUUCUGUAAAUAUCGAUGCUGUUAUCGAUUGGCUAAUCAAGCACUCAAAGACCGCGAAAUGAAGAGCUGCCUCCGGGACAUAAUAAUCUGGAAAAAUAGAAUGUAGUUCUUUGUGAGGAUCUUGAAAUGAUUUGUUAAUAUAUUUUCUGGCUGAUCUUUCUUUUGUUGGUUCUAUAUAGUUUUUUU